ACGAUCUCCAUGGCGAGGCGCAGCUUCUCCAGCAGCAGCGGCGCAGCCUCCUCGACCCGCGGGCUCUAGUGCCCCGAAGCAGCCUCACUAGUUCCCACAGCCCCGGCCCUCGGGAGCCGCUUCCUUCCUCCGUUCCUCCCUCCCUUCCCCCCUUCUGUCCUUCGCUGCCCGCGCCCUCGGGCGGGUUGGCGGCGGCCGAGCCCUGGCGGGAGGAGGAGAAGGAGAAGGAGGGGUUACCCGCCUCUAUGAUUAAGUUUAAGCCGAACCAGACGAGGACGUACGACCGCGAGGGCUUCAAGAAGCAGGCGGCCUGCCUGUGCUUCCGCAGCGAGCAGGAGGACGAGGUGCUGUUAGUUAGUAGCAGUCGAUAUCCAGAUCAAUGGAUUGUCCCUGGUGGAGGAAUGGAGCCUGAGGAAGAGCCGGGUGGUGCUGCAGUAAGAGAGGUGUAUGAAGAGGCUGGUGUCAGAGGAAAAUUGGGCAGACUUCUGGGGAUAUUCGAGCAGAAUCAAGACCACAAACAUCGCACUUAUGUUUAUGUUCUUACUGUCACCGAAAUAUUGGAAGACUGGGAAGAUUCUGUUAACAUAGGCAGGAAGAGAGAAUGGUUCAAGGUUGAAGAUGCCAUUAAAGUUCUUCAGUGUCAUAAACCUGUACAUGCUGAGUAUUUGGAAAAACUGAAGUUGGGCUACAUUGCUUCUCAGAGUGGCUUAGGGUCCAUGAGCAAACAGACAGAAUGCCCAGAAAUUGAUGAGAAAGUCAAGAAGACACAAAGACCUGCUUAG